AGAGGACUCUUUUUCGACUUCCGCGGUAACGUUGACCCCAAAACAAAUUCCCCUUGCCCCGCUCUUCCACUUGCGACGCCAAACCAGAGGCGUCAGGCGGCCAGAGAGGCGCGACGAGGACCAUGGCCGGCUCCUACGACCCCAGCGCCAGCUCCGGAUCCGGCCUCUGGCGGCGGCAACCGAGCUCGUCGACGCCCCGCCCGCCACCCGCCGAUCCGCUCCGCGCGGACAUCGACCCCCCGCCGCGACCCCGCCCGGCGCUGCAGUCCCUCGCCUUCGGCCUCAUCGUCCUCCUCGGCUGUCUGCAGUUCCUCCCCGCCACCCAUUUCCGCGACCCCACCGACCCUCACCGCAACUGGAUUCCUCUGGACCCCAAUCGCUCGCAACCGAUCUCUGCUAACUCGAGGACUCCUGAGAAAGAAGAACAUAGUGCGGUCACCAAGCGAGAGGCAGAUGUUGGAAAGUUACAUAUAUUUUCUUGGAUGGAUUGCCUGGACCUUCGAGUCCUUGCUGUACUUGCAAACUCGACUCUUUCUAGCUCAAGACAUCCAGAGAAUAUCUUUUUCCAUUUCUUUGUAUCCGAAACCGAGGAUGAGAAGCUAUCAUAUUAUAAGCUGAAAGUUUUCUUGCCUCGUUCCAACCUCGAAAUCAUUGGGCUAAAGGAAGUAAAGGAGAAACUAAUAUCUCCUACAUCAGAGGGGGAAUUCAUCGAGUCUGUACUUCAUGAAAUUGUACCUUUUGCCAUCCCAAGUAUCAAUUCCCGGAUGAACAAGUUUCUAUAUGUUUCACCAAAUACCAUUGUAAAGGGAAAUGUUGAGGAGCUCUUUGAUGUUGACUUGGGGUCUUAUGCUAUUGCAGCUGCUGAAGACUGCAACAGAAGAUUGGGAGACUAUGUAAAUUUUGAAGUUUUAAAUGCAAUCCAAAGAACAGAAGCAAAGACUUGGGUGUCUGAUAAACCUUAUGACAAAGAUGCUUGCUUACCUGACUUCAAUGUGCUUUUAUUUGAUGCGAGAAAGCUCGAUAAUAAUCUAGUAGAUGUCAUUGCAUGGUGGAACAAAAUUCUGAAUCUUGGAACACAAAGGCCAAAUCAGGUUAAUCCAGCGAUUGCAUUGGCCUUCUACGGAAGGUAUCUCAAACUUCCUGCCUUCUGGAAGCACCAUCGAUCAACACCUCUUGUCAGAGAGAAUGAAACCAACGUUCUUCCUUUUGAUGGUCCAAAGAGGGUCUGCUCCAAUGACAAGGAUCAGCAGCAAAAUUUCGAUCAUGGCAGUCUUUGGAAGACAUAUCUUACUCCAAAAUUUGAUGCCGUCUUGAGCCAUACGAACUAAAGCUUUGUCCAACCGGAAAUCAAUAUCCGACAAGUAUUUCUAGGUAUGUCUAUUUUUCAUGCCAUAAAAGAUUGAUGGCAUGUACGCAAAGAACAAAGGAAACACACGUGGUCCGACUAUUUUCUAUGAGAUGUAACUUACUAUACUGGCCAUUGACAAGGAACUUUCAAAUCAUUUAACAAACACUACAAAAUUCUGAGAAG